AUGUCAGUGUGCUCAGCUACUCUGGCCAGAGCACUUCAAGCCAGAGUUUCCACGUCGAGGCUCAGUGCUUCCUCGGGUCGCCGAGCGUUCGCAGCAGGCUUCGGCCAGUUUAGUGGCUUCGGCGGCUUUCCAGGACAAGGCCCAGCCGGGGCUGGAGAUGACCGGCUGUAUCAGUUGCUUGGGAUCAACCGCGAAGCGGACGAGGCAACCAUCAAGCAGGCCUACAAGAAACAGGCCAUGAAGCAUCACCCCGACCGUGGUGGGGACGAAGCGAAGUUCAAAGACAUUUCCAAAGCAUACGAGGUUUUGUCAGACCCUCAAAAGCGGCAGAUCUACGAUGCAUACGGAGAAGAAGGACUGGAGGGUGGUGCCGACCCAGGUGGCGGCGCUGGCAUGAACCCCUUCGAUUUGUUCAGCCACAUUUUCGGCUUCCAAGCCGGUGGCCAGCGCCGACGUGGCCGACCCGUGACGCAAAAUGCGGAAUACAACAUUGAGGUGACCCUGGAGGAGCUCUUUGUCGGUACCAGCCGUAGGAUCAACUACCAAAGGAAUAAGAUUUGCCAGACUUGUCAUGGGCAAGGGGGCAAAAAUCCUCAGCAGUGCCAACGAUGCAAAGGUGCUGGCUAUGUAGUGACGGUGCAGCAAUUUGGGCCAAUGGUUCAACAGUCGUCGUCAGUGUGCUCCACAUGUAGAGGAAAAGGUGUGGUCAUACGCCCGGAAGAUGUGUGUGGUACUUGUAAAGGCGCUGGCACUGUGAAGGAGAAAGCCGGCUACGACAUCAGCAUCGCAGCGGGUGCCGAGGACGGCCAGGUCUUCCACUUCCCAGGCGCUGCAGAUGAGGAGCCAGGGCAUGACCCUGGAGAUUUGAUCAUCCGCAUCAGGGAGAAGUCGCACCCUUUGUUCCAACGAGUUGAGGAUUCCUUGGUGAUGCAAAGAAAGGUGAGUCUCGCAGAGGCACUCUGUGGAUUUGAGCUUUCUGUGAAAUAUUUGGAUGGUGAGAAUCUCCUCAUCCGAAGCGAACCUGGCAAGGUGCAACAAGUGAAGGAGUCUUGGCGACAGCAGGGCAUGCUGAGCAGCGAGAGCAGACAAAUGGAUGCGCAUGGCGCACCAUUCUUCCGAAUAGUUGCCGUGAAAGUGAUUGACCGUGAUAGGAAUCUUUGGUUGAUCCAUUCGGAAGUGGGCGAUGAAAGCCUGGUUGGCCGGUUGAAGUUUGAGCUGUUUCAUGACCAGCUGCCCUUCACGUCCGAGAAUUUCCGCUGCAGCGCUCUCAGAGUUCUUCACCAGUCCAUCUACGGGCAGCGCUUCCGCGAUGAGCGAUUCUGCUACAAGAGAAUCGAGAUCGAUUUUCGUGGCGAGGGCGAUCUGCGGCACGCGCCGCGCAGCAGCUGGGAGACGGUGGUGACACAAUCGGCCACCCAGACGCCCGGAACCCGCCGGUGGAACCCUGUGGAGCGGAUUUUGAAUUGCAAGGAGACAGCAGAGUUUACGAGCUUUCUGCUGUCAGAGAGUAGCCUGCUUGUAGCUUUGUGUGAAAGAAAUCAAUGGCCAAUCUCUGCAACAUCGAUCAUCCUCGCUGAUCCUGCCAAGACCAUCAUCAAGACAUGUGGCAGCACUGUCCCACUGUCUGCAGUGCCCACGCUCCUCAAGAUUGGCGAGAGCCAAGGCUUGGAGUUGGAGUGGAUGUGCUAUUCACGGAAGAACUUCUUGGCCCCAGAGGAGCAGCCACAUGAGCAUCAAUCGAUGGAGGGAGAGGUUGAAGCCUGCAAGAAAGUCUUCGGCCCUGUUGGAGACGCUUACGUUCUUGGUCCUCUCACUGGUGAACAUUGGCUCUUCUACGACGCUUUGUAUUUGAAGGCCGACUAUCUGGAACGUGGAGACUUCACGAUCGAUGUCAUGAUGUAUGACUUGCCCAAAGAUGUGCAGGAGGUCUUCCACACCAGUGAACCUGAAGGAAGUCGAGUGGGUGCCGAAAAGAUGACCAAAGAAUCGGGUCUGGCACAAAUCGCGGAGUUCAUGAAUGCAGAGGUGGACGACUACUGCUUCGAAUCUUGUGGCUAUUCUUGCAACAUGCACUCGGGUCUCUCCUAUGCCAUGGUGCAUGUGACGCCUCAGGACUUGUGCUCCUAUGCCUCCUUCGAGACGAACUUCGGCUCGGCGCUGCGAGGGGUGCCCGAACGGACGUUGGAGGAGACGCUGAACCAGCUCAUGGGCCAGGUGAUUGCGGCCUUUCGACCUGGCCGCCUCACGGUGACUCUUCUACAAGAUCAAGGCGUGAGGACGUACGAGAAGUGA